UGUACGUCGUUAUAUGAAGUAGGCCUCCUGUUUUUCUCCCCAACCCGGAGUCCUGCCCCCCUACCACCCGAUGCAACGUCUAAAUAAGCAAAACACGGAGGCUGCAAACGAUCACUCGGGAAGGUGUGACACGGGUGAAGUUAAAUUUGUCAAUUCCUUGAAAGGAUAGGACCCCCCCAAAGAGACUUGACUGCAUUCAAAAAAGCUACAAAUAAGUCGGUGUCAUCACCAUGUUCUGCCCAUGAUUUGGUGCCCUUUCGCUACCCCAAUGACCUCAACGUCAUUUUUGACCACAGAGUCAGCUUCAGCCCCAAACCCAUUCCACGAUCCCUGAGAAAAGACUUGUAACUGACCACGCGCAUAAGCUGCAGUGGGGUGUGCUUCCAAAUGCCUACCUCACGCCUAAAGAGCCAGUCACUGCAGCUACAGCCCUGAUCAACAGCCACCAUGACAUCUAGCAUAGGGGAUGAUUGUAGCAUCUUUGAUGGGUUAAUGGAAGAAGAUGAAAAGGACAAAGCAAAACGUGUGUCCCGCAACAAGUCCGAGAAGAAACGGAGAGAUCAGUUCAAUGUCCUCAUCAAGGAACUCGGCACGAUGUUACCAGGCAACACUAGGAAGAUGGACAAGUCCACCAUCCUGCAGAAAAGCAUCGACUUCCUGUGUAAACACAAAGAGAUCGCAGCACAGUCGGAGUCCAGUGAAAUCAGGCAAGACUGGAAACCCCCAUUUCUCAGCAAUGAGGAGUUCACACAGCUCAUGCUCGAGGCUCUGGAUGGGUUUUUCCUAGCAAUAAUGACUGAUGGUAACAUCCUCUACGUCUCAGAGAGUGUCACCUCACUACUAGAGCACCUGCCGGCGGACUUGGUGGACCAGAACCUGUUGAAUUUUCUACCACUUGGGGAACACUCCGAAGUGUACAAGGCUCUGUCUACACACCCCACCGACGCAGAGAGCCUGGGCUCUGAUUACCUGAAGACUAAGAACCAAAUGGAGUUCUGCUGUCAUAUGCUGCGAGGGGCCAUUGACCCUAAGGAGCCCCCUGUCUACGAAUAUGUUAAGUUCAUUGGCAACUUCAAGUCACUCAACAAUGUUCCCAACGUGACAAGAAACGGUCUAGCAGGGGUGUUGCAGCGGUCGCUACAGCCAGCCUUUGAUGACCAGGUCUGCUUUGUAGCCACUGUCCGGCUGGCUAAGCCUCAGUUUAUCAAGGAAAUGUGUACAGUUGAGGAGCCCAAUGAAGAGUUCACCUCUAGACACAGUCUAGAGUGGAAGUUUCUCUUCUUAGACCACAGAGCUCCACCAAUCAUAGGCUACCUGCCUUUUGAGGUUUUAGGAACAUCAGGGUACGACUAUUACCACGUGGACGACCUGGAGACGUUGGCCAAGUGUCACGAACACUUGAUGCAGUAUGGUAAAGGGAAGUCAUGCUACUAUCGGUUCCUGACUAAGGGUCAACAGUGGAUCUGGCUUCAGACUCACUACUACAUCACCUACCACCAGUGGAAUUCCCGGCCAGAGUUUAUUGUCUGCACACACACUGUUGUCAGCUAUGCAGAAGUGAGAGCAGAACAGCGCAGAGAGCUUGGCAUUGAAGAGUCGACCACAGAGGUCACUGUGGACAAGAGUCAGGACUCUGGUUCAGAGUCUCAACUGAAUACGUCCAGCCUGAAGGAGGCACUGGAGCACUUUGAUCACAGCAGAACGCCGUCAACCUCCUCACGAAGCUCCCGCAAGUCCUCAUCGCAUGUCUCUGACAACACAUGCACUUCAACCGCCUCCAAGCUACAUAUGGACACAGCCACACCCCCUCGGCAGUCAUUGGCCUCCACCAUGGAGAUGACAUCACAGCGUCGCUCAUCCAUUAGCAGCCAGUCAAUGAGCUCACAGACAACGGCCCAAAGUGUAACUCCAGGCAUGAUCAACCAACAGCAGCAGCAGCAGCAGCAGCAACAACCACAACAAUUACAAACAAGCGUACAGCCUGUGAUGGAGUUCUCGGCCCAGGUGAAUGCCAUGCAGCACCUGAAGGAGCAGCUGGAACAGAGGACCAGGAUGAUCCAGGCAAACAUCCAGCGGCAGCAGGAGGAGCUGAGACACAUCCAGGAGCAGCUGCAGAGAGUCCAGGGACAGGGUAUACAGAUGUUCCUACAGCAGCCAGGUGCCGCGAUGAAUGUCCAGCUCCCUCAGGUGGGGUCGGUCCAGCAGACAGCCACUCUGACCAGUCAGGUCCAACCAACAGCCAUAAACCCCGUCCAUUCCGGAGCUCAGCAGCUCACCAUCCAGCAGCAAGCUCCGCCCCCCCAGCAGAACCUGCAGCAGCAGACCAACACCCUCACACAGCCGCAGCGCCAGCCCCAGCAGCCGCCCCAGGCUCAGCCCCAGUCACAGGGCUCAGUAUCUGCACCGCUCUACAACACCAUGAUGAUUUCCCAGUCUGGACAGCCCAACCUGCUGCAGAUCAGCACCAGUCUGCCGCAGAGCAACACACAGCAAGGCACAACAGUGGCCACCUUCACACAGGACCGACAGAUCAGGUUCCCAGCAGGGCAGCAGCUGGUAACAAAGCUGGUGACAGCUCCAAUGGCAUGUGGCGCAGUCAUGGUGCCCACCUCCAUGUUCAUGGGACAGGUGGUUACCGCAUACAACCCCUUUGGAGGGCAACAGCAGGCGGGGCAGACCCAGACCUUAACCCUGCAACCUGCCCAGCCACCGCAGGCUCAGCCUGAUGCCCAAAACCAGACAGCUGUAGUGGCCCAAACUGGCCAGCAGGGACAGCAGCAACAGCAGCAGUUCCUACAGGGCACCCGUCUUCUCCAUGGUAACCAGUCUACCCAGCUGAUCCUGCAGGCAGCUUUCCCACUCCAGCAACAGGGUACCUUCACCCAGGCAACACACCAACAACAGCAACCACAGCAACAACAGCAGCAGCAAAGGCAGCAACAACAACAGCAACAGCAAUCUCACCAUCAGAGGCACCAGCAGCAGCUGAAACCCCAGCCCCAGAAACAGCAGAAAGCCCCCUCCUCACAUAGGACUGACAGUGUCAGCAGCCAACCACAGUAAGGUCUGGGGAAAGGUGCGUCCAAUUAGAAACCUGGGGAGGGGUAUCAUCAAAACUUGAAGUCUAAAGGAUCGAUACAAGGAUUUCUUUUGGUCGCAUGGCCGUCACAAACUUCCUUUCUCCCAAAUUGUUGCUCUCCUUUUUUCCAUCUGAAUGAAAUUAAUCAUAGGAAAGAGGAAAGCCUUUCAGCCCAUAAGGAAAUCAUGUCACCAUGGCAACAAGAUGAAUUAGAAUUCCCCUCUCCCCUAGCAGUGGCAGAGCUAUGUGGGAGCUCCUGUCUCCAUGGAAACCUGACAAAACUCCAGAGAACACCUCAUAACCAUGGAAACGAGAGACUCUUUAAAGGUGUGUCAAAGCGGACUGGUCUUGUACAGAUUUACUGUAUGAUAAAAACGUGUAAAUAUCCAAUAUAGCCUAACAGGAAAACGGAAAUGUAGUAUUUUAUAUGAUUGCAUGGAAAGAAUAACUGUGUAAGCUUUUAUUAGUCGCUUUUGGACAAAAAAUGACUUUUUACUUUCUUCUAGUGUUUUCUGGUCAGAGAUGGAGCAAGGCUGUGUUCCCUCAGUACCCUCUCUCCCCCUUCUCUAAAAGUCCAGAAUAAGGCUUUAAAGUUCUGUUGGAGUUGGUUUUAAAAAUUGUCGGGCUUGGGUUUUUGUGGAAGUCGUGUUUUUAAACACUGUGUCUCUGAGACAAAAAUGGCUCUUUUUAACUUUGUAAGUACAAAUCAUGUUCAACAAGAACCUAGAUACAGUUUAACUUAAUUCUUUGCAGGAUGAUCACAGUGCGUAUAACGGGUUUAGUGAUUCCAAGUGCCAAUAACAUUAUAGUCAAUUGAUUUUUUUUUUUUUUUUUUUUGAACAGACUAUUCAAAGGCGUAUAUAUUUUCCAACAAAUAUUACCCCAUAUAAAGUUCAUGUGUGUGUAUAUAGUAGGGAUUAUUUUUUAAAAGUCAGAGAGCCCUAUACGUAACAAACAGUAUAUCUUCAACUCCCUGAUAUUUUAGCACUUGAUGUGGUUGUGUACAGUAAAUCACUAUCGAGACCUAGUUAUUUGUAAUCUGCGUGUGCUAGUGUGUGUGUUUUCGAGAAUACAAUCUUGGUGUGUGUGAGCAAACUUGAGAGGUCUGUGUGUGUGUGUGUGUGUGUGUGUGUGUGUGUGUGUGUGUGUGUGUGUUGCCCCUUGUGUCUUACAAUAAUUGACUUAGUAAGGAUUUAGAGUUUGCUGGAUGGUACUUGUAUUCUCAGGAAUGUGGAAAGUUUUGCUUCUGCCUCAGUCUGGAACCAGACCAGGAAGGAUUGGACAGUGAUGCUGCAAAGACCACAGGAACAGGAAGGAGGAGCAACCAAAUUAAGGGUGUGGUAGCUGAGUCACAUUUGACCCAGAUUUCUUAGACCUGUCCCUGUCCCUUCCAUAUUAGAAGUGUUUGGAUGGUAAAGUCUUGUAAGAAAAGAACCAAAAUGUUUUCCUCUUCAACAGAGCAAGGGGCAGCGGAAGCAGAGAGAAUGCCCCUCAGCUUUGACCCAGAUGGGAAUAGAUUGAUUGGACCAGUUAACCUACAUUUCCAGUAAACAUCUUAUGGUCUCUUGUGUCAUCAGUGUCUUUUCCUUCUUUCUCUCCCUCGGCCUCAGUUGCCGUCAUGCAGUUCAGUUCAUUCGUCACUCAGUUCUCAAGCAGCAGUUGAAACGUAAAGCAGGGCUGGGCCUUGGUCCAUUUUAAUUUCAGAUUUUUGAGUAGAAAUGGAACUGGGCUCAACUCAUGUUAUUACACUUGUAAGCCAUAUCAAACAGAAAAGCCUUGGAUUGAAGGAAGUGUAACUGUUGGAAAAGGAGUAUUUAGAAUGUGUUGUCAUGUCUUUGUGUGGUGGAGUGUGUGUGUGUGUGUCUGUGUGUGUGUAUGUGUAUGUGUCUCUGUGUGUCUGCUUGCACUAGGUGCAAUGUUAGUAUCUCUCCUUCUCGAUUUUACUUCUUGUAUCACUCGGGGGUCAAUAUUGGUUACCCCUGGCGAUAGCCAAUCAGUUCUUGCGUUGCAGUAAAAAAAAUUGUAAUAUUCAAGAAACUUCCUCUCUGGCUGGGCUGAGUGCUCUUCAAGCCCAGGUGUGGGACAGCUCCACUUGAAUACAUGUUAGUGUGAGAGAGAAUAUGUAUGCAUGUAAUGAAUCACUCUAACCCAUUUUAUUUUCAUAUGGAAUGGAUUUUUGACUGGAGAUGAAUGGAUGUUCAACAAUGCAGAGCACUGCUCCCUGCUCAAAAAAAAUACCACAGUAAUUACACAUGAGACCAGGCUCGAAUAGUAAUCCUCCAGGAUAGAUCUUGAGUACUAAAUUUAGAUUGAGCAUGUAGUGCGAGUUGACAGGAUUAAAAUAAAGACCAUUCUCGUUGAAACUAUUCAUAAACAAGUAAUAGCAGAGGAUUACUUCAUUGAGGAGCAUACUAUUUGAUCCAGGUCUUCCACCCAUCGCAUAAUGAAUUCAUAUCCUCUUGUCUGUAGUUUGUGUUUGAGGCAUCGCCCUAAGGGUAGUGUUGAAAUAUCUGUAGUUUGAAAAUGUGUCACUAAUACCUAGCCCAAAGAAUGUAAAGGUGUUUUAAAGAGACUAAUGGAUGUUGUAACUGUUGAUUAUAGUAAAAGAGGAACCUUUGACAGGUCUUGUUAUGAAGGAAAGGAAGGGGUGUAAAAGAAAACUGUGUUUCUCAAUGCAAGGAUUCACUCACAGAAGUGGGAAUUCAGUUUCAUUUAGCAGCUUCACAAUUAUUAGUUAUGUGGAACGUCUGAAUGUUUCACCAGUUUCUGUCAUAUUUGUUUUUCCGAUAACAUCUGGUUUGAGAAACAGUUUGACAACCGUUGAAAUGGAGGUGUAGGAUAUUUGGAACAGAACGCCGAUGACAAGACAGUGAGGCUAAAGCCCCCCUCCACAAAGAUACACAGCUCACCUAUCCACUACACAAUUUGGCUCUUGAGAAUCCUAGCUCUAGUAUAAUACUGUACACAUACACAAAGCUAACAACACCAGUAUUCAGUGUGAAAUGGUGCUAUGCUUUCCUGUACUGUAUGUAUGUAUGUAUGUAUAUCCCUUCUGCUCAUGAACUGUGCUCCUUUAUCUACCCCAAAGUCAAAUGUAAUAAUGAAUAUUUUGAAGCAAAAUGUUUGCUAUUAUUAUAACUUCUCCCCCUCUUGGUCAAUUUGGAAAUAAAACCAAUUGCAAAUAUUAUACAUGA